UCGCAGGUCACAUAGCUGCGCGUCCCUGCCUCCAAGUCUUUUGUGUUCGCGCAUAGCUAUUUUUGCUGGGAUAGCGUCCCCCACCCCAGUUGCAGCUUGGAGCUUUACCGCACCGCACCGCAGCGAGUCUCUUCACCACCCAGCGCACCUGACCUCCAGCACGGGGAAUCUCAUCUCGUACCGCACGUCGCCCUCAACCGUACCAGCCAUGCCUAAGAGAGCCCGUUCCGCUUCUGGAAGCCGCAAGCCAGCGGCAAAGAAGGCCAAGCCGGCAGCUAAGAGGAAAGCACCAGCCGCCGCCACCGCAGCCCCUGCCGCCAAGAAAGCAAGGCCCGCCAAGGCGAAGAAGGCCCCCCGCAAGAAGGCAGCCAAGCCCAGGGCCAAGCCUGCGAAGAAGUCCUUCAAGAAGAGGGCAGGUGGAAGGAAGAAGUGAAGAAUGGAUCCCUGAAGAUUCGGACACUGUCCAGACUUGUGUGUCUGUGACAGAUAUUUGUUUGACUGUGUGAUGACAAUGACUUCUUCACUCAACUAAUAGUUGUAAACUAGACAGAGUGUUUUGACGAUAUAUUUUUUCCUCCAUUCUUCUUCAACGUUUGCACGGCAACUGGUUGCCACGACAACAAAAAACAACAACACAAUGUUGUGAUACAAAGUUAUCGGUUUUUCUGUACACUCUCUGAGCAGCUCAGAAAAAAAGGGACCAAUUUGCUCCGAUGGAGUAAGUGUGAUAUUUGAAAAGAGAAGCGGUUAGAACGUAGAGCAGAUGGAGGAAGGGGUUUGCGUAUUUUACUGGACAAAUGCAGGCGAAGGUUCGAGUUUGUGAAAAGGUUUGAAGGAAAAUGAAGGGACCAUCGAAGAACGCACAUUGUCAACGACUACUAUCAGCAGAACGCCUAACGUCUAGAUCCAUUCCCACUGUGUGUUAUUGUGUUUAUUUAUUGUUUUGAAAAUCUCUCUAUCAGUAAAAAAAAAAAACACUGCUACCCGUGUCUUUCAGAAAGGAAGAUAUUUUGUAGACUUCUCUGUAGACGAUGUCAACUUUUGUAAAAUAAAAUCAAAAUGUAGUUUUGCUACAAAUA